UUUUUUUUAACAUAAAUUUCUUGGUCACACAGAAGUCCAUUAAGAACUUUCUUAAAAUUCUUACUUUCGUUUUCAAAAGUCGUCACUCUGUAAAUUUAAAAUAUAAAGCCUAUUGCAUCAUUCAGAUUUUAGUGCCUGGGGGAGGAGUGGUUAGGAAUUUAGGUAGAGCGCACGCUCAGGGUUCAGGAAAGUACAAGAAUGAUGCGUGUCCCCGAGAAAGUAAUUUUCGCGUGCGUUUGUAAGUGAUGAUGGUCAGAAAGAAUAACCUUCUUACAUUUGUGCGAGUUUCCUAUGAUAUCUUCUAUCUCUAUCUUAUUUGACCAAUUCAUCGCGAAUUGGAACUUGGGUAUAUAUGGCUAACUAUCGCAAAUUUGCACGAAAAAUCGGGAAAUUUCACCAAUUCGCAAAAAUUAUUACCCUUCUAUGAAACGCAAUAUGCAAUACAAUAUGAAAUAUGGUUGUCACUCUUUUUUAUCGCCCAGUUGGUUGCCUAUAAAUUUCUCAUAUGAACGCAAAAAGAAUUUUAUUUAGGUAAACUAUUACUCCUGGUUUGCUGGAAAAUUUUUACCCCGUAUGAAUAUCUUAUUUAGAGACGAACUCGUUAAGCUAUCAACCGAUAAAAUAGUGCAGUCUGGCAACAAGCUAUGUUUCUGUCAUACAAUUGAUUUUAAUUGAUUUUAGUCCCCACAUAUGCAAUCAAUAUAAUUUUAAUGGUUUGUAUUAAGAAAAAAAUCUUGAUCAAAAUAAUAAGGCUUUAAUUAUAUCAGCAAUGUAACUAAAUCUAAAUUAAAAAUUAUUCACAGAACGAACAACUAAAAUAUUUGCUAUAUAAAUAUAAAAUAUCUGAAUUUGUUGCUUAUCUGUGCGCAGGAUUACGUCAUACCAUCACUACAAGCCGGUUGUCUCACACACAAAGAUACUUCGAGAUUGUGAAAUAAUGUAAACAGGACUUAAUUACUUGAGUUAUGUUCAUGUAUUGUAAUAUACAUAAUAACUAUUAAAGGCUAGAUAAAAACACUACAUUAAGAGCUUUAAAAAAGAAUAAAACAAAAUUUAAUCUAGUAAUAUAAGCAGCGACGAAAGACAUCUAUUAUUUUGAAUAGUCAUCUAACAAAUAAUAUUUGCAUCAUUUCGAAUGACAUGUAGAACUGAGCGAAAUUAACAUUGCUUGCAACAUGGUGCUUCAAAAUUUCUUCACUUUGCUUGUACUUUUUCAAAUAUGUGCAUCGCUAGACCGCAGACAUUUUUAUGACUACAGUGGUGCAACGCCUUUGACCACUCAAUUUAUUCAUUUUGAAACUUCAGUACCCUAUCCUCAUUGGUCAGAUCGAACCAAUCAGAAGAUAGAUGUUGUCAACAGCGGUGUUAUACGAUUGUCUGGUCUCGAUGGUACAAACACACUCGAUAUUCUUGUAUUCGCUGUGAACAUCCCAAAAACGAUUGGAAAUGAUAUUUUUUAUCAAGAAUUAUUACCAGACGCAAACAUGAAAUCGAAACUAUCUGCUGAUAUAGGUGUUCCAAACUUUGUCGCAAGAGAUAUGUUUAUUUUCACUUGGUUAGAUGUUAGUUUCACGCCAGGAAAGUUAUGCACAUUUCAAAUAAUCUUAACAUCAGAUGGCAAUAACACAUAUGCUAUUCUUCAUCUGGAAAGACUUGAUCAUGAAAAACAAACGCAAUUUUAUCCAGAGAUUGACUUGAGAUAUUCCUACGAAGACGGUACUAAAUUUACAAGGUCUAGAUUUCUUCAAGAAAAAAGUGGUGUCUUUACAGCCACUGUUGAUGCUUCGGUGGCGGCUGUAGAGUUUUCUAACAGUGGCAAGGCUGGUAGAUGGGUGCUUAAUUUAAUGGCAGAUCCAAGAGGAGUGAAAGUUACAUCUAAAACGGAAGCUAUUACUGCAUCAUUGGAUGUUAAACAGUUUAAUAACUUUACUGGCGUAAGUGUACGUGGAAAAUUCGUGUUCGUCUCACUGGCUUUGGAUAACAAUCAACUCACAAGUGCAAACGACAACAAUGAAAUUAGUAUUGUGUUAACAAAACAGAAUGCAGACGAGAGGUAUCAAAGACUGGACACUAACAUUGUAUCGUGGUUGACGGAAGUGCAUAAAAAUGCUGUCGAUGUUACGAAAGCAAAAGUUGACAUCAUAACUUACAAAGCUGGUAGCUUAGUGGUUGACUACAGUGUAACAAUUGACAACGCCAGUGUAUGCGGAAGCACUGACAGUACAAAAUGUCUUCAAGAUAUUCAAUCAAAAGUACGAGCGGAAACCGAUAACGGAAGUAUUACUAGUGGAGAUGUAUCGGGAACAUUCAAUCCGAAUGCUAUUGAAAUAGCAGCCUAUGACGUGUGCACAUCAACACCAGGAACGUUCUGCGAUGUCGACGCAUAUUGCGUCGCUUAUCGUGAUAAAUUGUCUUUUGGAUGUUCAUGUAAAGAUGGUUAUACCGGGACAGGUUACGUUGGAAAAUGUGAAAAAGAUGGCGGAAUAGAAACUUCCAAUAUGCUGAUUAUAAUUCUCUCAGUUGUAUUAUUUGUGUUCACUAUUUGUUGCUUUGUUGGCGGUUGGUACUGGUUCAAGCGAAAAGAAAACCACCAACGAUUGCGGAAGGAGUUGCGCGUGGAUGAGUUUCAAAAUGCAACUAAUAAACGCAAAAUUAGUUUUUCUGAACGCCUCCGUAAAAGGUCAACGAGGAAGAUCCCUCUACCACCUACAAUUAACCAUGAUGCCACAUUUGAUUUAUACCAUCGGCAAUAAUUGAUACCUACCGUCACUCUUCGGUCCAUGAAUAUAAACAAUUUUUAUAAAAUAAUAUUAUAGGUCAAAUUUUUGAUAUUUGGGGUAACAGAAUACGCUAUGAUCUACUCCAACACUUUAAAACACUUUAAGUUGCAUAAUCUAAGUUUAAUUUCUUUAAAAAACUUUUGAAGAAGAGGCGAACAAAAAAUUACUUUGUGGCAGCCAGAAAAUAAAUUUUAGACGAGAGAAAUUUUUUUUAGAUUUCUGAAUCCUAAAAUCUACUAAGAUAACAAUAACAAAUAAAUAACUGUAUUAUACGACUAAGAUCUAUAUAUCUUCCCUACCAACAAUUUUACAGAAUUUUCGUGACUACAUGGGCUGAAAAUAAGUAGGUUUUUGGAUGUACUUACCAGUAAACAUCAAAAAUAAGAUCUUUGACUUAAGAUAGCCAAGAAUAAUUUCCGUACUAUAGUAGAAACAGCAUUUUAUAGCCUUCGUUUAAAAUUAUUUAAACUUAUAUCUGUCAUGACCAACAACCAUAUUUUUUCAUGUUUUGAGUUUAAGGUGAAUUUCUAUAGAGGCGGGUUUCCACCCAAAAGAAUGUGGUCGAAUCGAUCGACGUCGUUCGAAUUGAUUGAUGGCGAUUCAUUCAAAUUAUUUCAAAACAAUAACACAAAUUUGAUACGAAAUAAUAAUAUUGAGCAUGUACUCUGAAUUUCAUAACAUAAAUACAAUAAACAAUUCUCAGCCAUUUGGCUGCAAACUCUAUGCUUCAUGAGACUUUCUUUGAAACUUCUUGACUUUAAGAAGUGACCUAAGACACCGAUACUUUUUCUACAAAUGCUAUUUCAAACUUUUCAACAUU